UUAUUACAACUGGAAAAAGUUUCCACCUCAUCCACAAGACGACAUUUUCGGAUUUUCUGUGUCUCCAUUUUUUGUCACACACUGCUGCUUCCCUUAAAGUUUUGAUUUUUAAUGAUGGGACUUUGACAUAUUCUUGAAUUCAGCAUUUUUUCAGCAAAAUCACCAUGGAUCAAGAAAGGAAUUUUCUGGGUGUAGCUUUUGUUUGCAGAGAUUCAGUUCAAGAUUGCUGCAGUGGAAUUUGACCUUUUGCAGGAAUGGAUUUCAAGAAAGAGAGAAUUGUUAGGUUUCACAGUGAAGAAAAAAGGAAUCUUGAAAUGUUCUUGGAGAAAAAUGAGGGUGAGAGCCUAGAUAAGUCCCUCCCUAUUUUCAAGAAUUCUGCCCAUUUAAGGAAAGUUGAAGACAAGAUUCCAAAGUUUGGUAGGGCUAAGGUUUAUCCAGAAGGGUCAAAGCCAGAGAAGAAAGCAGUUCUUGAUCCAGGGAGUGAGAUUGUGUUGAAAUGGAACAGAGUUUUCUUGUUUUUCUGCAUAAUGGCUCUGUUUGUGGAUCCCUUGUUUUUCUACUUGCCUUCUGUGGUGAAUCAAGACAGUUCUUCAUGUAUGCAUACAGACCUCAAUUUGGGGAUCAUUGUGACAUGUUUUAGGACUGUGGCAGAUGUAUUUUAUAUGUUACAUGUGAUUAUGAAGUUUAGGAUUGCUUAUGUGUCUCCAAGCUCAAGGGUUUUUGGGAAAGGCGAACUUGUUAUGGACCGGAAUAAGAUAGCCAUGAGGUACUUGAAGUCGGAAUUCUUCAUUGAUUUCAUUGCAGCACUGCCGCUUCCUCAGAUUGUCAUAUGGUCCAUAUUACCAGCAAUCAGAAGCUCCCACUCUGAUCACACCAACAACGCCCUUGUACUCAUCGUUUUGCUGCAAUACAUCCCCCGGUUGUAUCUCAUCUUCCCGUUGAGUUCUGAUAUCAUCAAAGCUAAUGGACUUGUCACAAAGACCGCGUGGGCAGGCGCUGCUUACAAUCUGGUGCUCUACACGUUAGCAAGCCACGUUCUAGGGGCUUCCUGGUACUUGCUAUCGAUUGAGAGACACGCGACAUGUUUGAAAUCUGCUUGCAGGGACGAGUUCAACAACAUUGGCUGUUCGCUCAAUUUCCUCGACUGUGGCACACUGACCCACAGUGAUAGAGGAAUAUGGGUAAACAGCACACAGGUUUUCAAGAAAUGCAAUCCUGACGACACCACCUAUUUCAACCACGGGAUAUUUGGGAACGCCGUUGCAAACAGCGUUGUAUCGACUGGAUUUAUCGAGAAGUACUUCUACUGUUUAUGGUGGGGCUUACAAAACUUGAGCUCCUAUGGACAGACGUUGUCUACGAGCACGUUUAUUGGAGAGACUAUGUUUGCCAUUGUCAUCGCCAUCUUGGGGCUCGUUCUGUUUGCUCAUUUGAUUGGAAAUAUGCAGACCUAUUUGCAAUCUAUGACUGUGAGGCUUGAGGAGUGGAGGCUGAGGCGUCGAGACACCGAGGAAUGGAUGAGGCAUCGUCAGCUCCCAGAGGCUCUGCAACAGCGCGUGAGACGCUUUAUACAGUACAAAUGGCUUACCACACGAGGAGUUGAUGAAGAAUCUAUCCUCCGUGCCUUGCCAAUAGAUCUCCGUCGUGACAUUCAACGACACCUCUGUCUAGACCUAGUUCGUCGUGUCCCGUUUUUCUCCCAGAUGGACGAUCAGCUUCUUGACGCCAUCUGUGAGCGCCUUGUCUCGUCCCUGAGCACCCAAGGCACCUACAUUGUCCGUGAGGGCGAUCCCGUCUCGGAGAUGAUCUUCAUCAUCCGGGGGACGCUGGAGAGCUCGACCACGAACGGAGGCCGGACAGGAUUCUUCAACUCGACAACCUUGAGGCCCGGCGACUUCUGCGGCGAGGAGCUUCUCGCGUGGGCGCUGCUUCCUAGGUCCACCCUGAACUUCCCUUCCUCGACACGGACAGUGAGGGCACUCAACGAAGUCGAGGCGUUCGUGCUGAGAGCAGAGGACCUCAAGUUCGUCGCGAAUCAGUUCAGACGUCUCCACAGUAAGAAACUGCAGCACACAUUUAGGUACUACUCUCACCAUUGGAGGACAUGGGCAGCCUGCUUCAUUCAGGCUGCGUGGCGUCGCUGCAAGAGGAGGAUGAUGGCAAAAAGCCUCAGCAUUAGCGAGUCGUUCUACUUCCCUCACGACGCGCAGUCAUUGGAUGAACAUGAUGACGAGGAGGAAGAGGAAGAAGAAGAACACGAACAAGUAGCAGAGAGUUCUUCUCAGGCGAAACAGAACCUCGGUGUCACCAUACUAGCAUCGAGAUUUGCUGCCAACACGAAGAGGGGAGCGCAGAAGGUUAGGGAUUUGGAAAUGCAUAAGCUGCAGAAGCCCGAAGAGCCGGAUUUCUCAGCCGAUGCUGAGGAGGACUAGCUUAGCUCGACUCCGGAACCUGACUUGCUGUUUUUACUCUGCGUGGGACCCGGGCGAGACGAGCUGGACAGAACCGUGUUAGGUAUUCUUAUGAAGUCUUCUUUAUACGUUGGAUUGUUAGGCUACGAGUUUUGUACAGAUUUCGUUGUGUAUCAGUCAAAUGAAUCUGAUAUUGUUUCCUUUUUUCACUUUUAGCAUAUGAUUCUGUCAAUUUUUAAGA